AUGGCGAAUAACGAGGGUAUGGAAAAGUUGAUUCCAUUUAUGGAUCAAAUUCAAGAUAUACUUACUAAGCACGCAGUUUCAGUAAAAUUUGAUUUACCACAAAUUGUGGUUAUUGGUGAUGAAAGUGCUGGAAAAAAUUCAGUCUUGGAAAAUUUUGUUGGAAAAGAUUUUCUUCCAAGAGACAAUGGCAUUGUGACACGCAGGCCACUGGUUUUACAAUUAAUCACAAACGAAUACAGUGAUGAAGAAUAUGCAGAGUUUGAACACACUAAAACUAAAAAAUUUCGUAUCAAUGAAGUUUGUAAAGAGAUUGAGAAUGAAACAGACAAGUCAACAGUUGGCGAAAAACGAAAAGGACGAUUUUGUGAAUUGCCGAAUAGAUGGACGGCGGAGGUUUUGAAGCUUAUUCGUCAAAAGGCGAAAAGGCGAAAAACGGAAAGGACGAUUUUGUGA